AUUUUUGUGGAUAAACGAAGGGAAACCCCAAGCAACAUAACUUAUCUUUUUACCAAAGGUGCAUUUAGUUUUGUUACAAAACAAAUAACAUUCUAGUUAUUUAGUAAUUAGUAACAAAAUACAACAAUAAAAAACCUAUUGCAAUUGAAGCAAGCCUGCAUGAACAGUUGUGAGUGAGAGAGACUUGUGUCAAUUAUUCGAGAGAGAGUGAGAGGUGGUGUGGGUGUUUCCUAAAGUGCAUUUGACAAAGACUAGACUGAGGCAGUAGGAAAAACAAUUAAGGAAAUUUCCAGGAAUUUAUGUUAUAAUCCCAAUAAAACGCUAAUUUGUUGGCAAACACAGAAAAACAACCGCACACAGUAGUCGUCUGCAAGAGUUCAGUUCUCUUUGUUCAAUAGCCAGCAGAUCAACAACGUACCUUUUCGCCCGCAUUUUGUUGGAAAUUUUAUCAAGUGUUUUGGAAAAUUGAAAAGGGAAACCAUGACCAUUGAAGUGGCCACCAGUGUUGCUGGGAAAAAAGAAAUGUUAACCCGCACCCUUAAACAAUCCGGUCACGUAGGUUUCGACAGCCUUCCCGAUCAAUUGGUCAAUAAAUCGGUACAAAAUGGUUUUGUAUUCAAUGUCAUGUGCAUCGGUGAGACCGGUUUGGGAAAAUCAACACUCAUGGAUUCCUUGUUUAAUACCAGUUUCGAAUCAACACCCAGUCCCCAUACGCUACCCAAUGUAAAGCUAAAGGCCAAUACCUAUGAAUUGAAGGAAAGCAAUGUCCAGUUGAAGUUGACCAUUUGUGAUACUGUUGGUUUUGGUGAUCAAAUCAAUAAGGAGAACUCCUUUAAGGCUGUCGUCGAUUAUAUUGAUACCCAAUUUGAGGCUUAUCUGCAGGAAGAGCUGAAAAUAAAACGUUCCUUGGUCGACUAUCACGAUAGUCGCAUACAUGCUUGUCUCUAUUUCAUUUGUCCCACGGGUCAUGGUCUGAAAUCUUUGGAUUUGGUGUGUAUGAAACAAUUGGAUAGCAAGGUGAACAUAAUACCGAUCAUAGCCAAGGCUGAUACUAUUUCCAAAACGGAACUGCAACGUUUUAAGGCAAAAAUCCUGCAAGAACUGAAGGAGAACAAUGUAAAUAUCUAUCACUUUCCCGUGGAUGAUGAGACAGUGGCCGAGACAAAUGCCCUGAUGAAUGAUCACACACCCUUUGCCGUGGUGGGUAGUAGGGAAUUUGUAAAAAUCGGCAAUAAAUUGGUAAGGGCCCGCCAGUAUCCCUGGGGCACCGUCCAAGUGGAAAAUGAAUUACAUUGUGAUUUCGUUAAGCUGCGUGAAAUGUUAAUACGCACCAACAUGGAAGACUUGCGUGAACAGACCCAUCAAACCCACUAUGCAUUGUAUCGCCAGAAACGCCUCUCCGAAAUGGGUUUCUGUGAUGUGGACAAUGACAAUAAGCCGGUAUCGUUCCAACAAAUAUUCGAAAUUAAACGAGCCCAUCACUUGAGUGAGCUGCAGGCCAAAGAGGAUGAGGUACGGCAAAUGUUUGUGCAGCGUGUCAAGGAAAAAGAGGCCGAAUUGAAGGAAAGUGAACGUGAACUCCACUCACGUUUCGAAAAACUCAAAAAAGAACAUGCCGAAGAAAAACGUAAAUUGGAAGAAGCUCGUCAAAAACUCGACGAAGAAUAUUUGGAAUUCACAACUCACAAAACCAACUAUGUGGCCUCACAUCAUACCAUGACCCUGGGCAAGAAGAGCAAAAAAUAAAGUUCUGCAAAUAUAUAAAUGGAAAACAACAAUGACAACAUAUUUUGCCAUAUUUUUUAAAUAAUUAUCACAAGACUACGACUUUUACAUAACAUAUGCAUGUGUAUUUUUGGUUGCAAUUAUUUUUAAUUUUGUUUAUUAUUUAGUGUUUUUUUCUUUAUUCUAUUCUAUUUCGUAAUUAAGUACUAAGUAUGCUAAAAAAGGCCAGUUUUAAACAUUUGUUUAAUAAACAAUAAAAUAGCAAUAGCUACAUAUAAA